AUGGGAAAUAAGCUUCAGAGUGAUGCUCUAAGAGAAGCUAUCACAGGAAUUAUGGGUGAUUCCAAAGAGAAGAACAGGAAUUUUGUGGAGACAAUUGAACUCCAGAUUGGGCUGAAAAACUAUGAUCCCCAGAAGGACAAGCGUUUCAGUGGCUCUGUUAAGUUGCCUCAUAUUCCUCGCCCAAAGAUGAAGAUUUGCAUGCUUGGAGAUGCCCAACACGUUGAGGAGGCAGAGAAAAUAGGAUUGGACUACAUGGAUGUAGAGGCCUUGAAGAAGCUCAACAAAAAUAAGAAAUUGGUGAAAAAGCUAGCCAAGAAGUAUCAUGCGUUUUUAGCUUCUGAAGCAGUUAUCAAGCAGAUUCCUCGUCUCUUGGGGCCUGGUCUAAACAAAGCAGGGAAGUUCCCUACACUUGUGACUCACCAAGAAUCUCUCGAGUCAAAGGUUAAUGAGACUAAGGCUAUGGUCAAAUUCCAGCUUAAGAAGGUGCUCUGCAUGGGAGUAGCCGUGGGGAAUGUUAGCAUGGAGGAAAAACAAAUCUUCCAAAAUGUACAACUGAGCGUUAACUUUCUUGUGUCAUUGUUGAAAAAGAACUGGCAGAAUGUUAGGUGCUUGUAUCUGAAGAGUACCAUGGGGAAAUCGUACCGUGUCUUUUAA